CUGAGUCUCCAGCAGGGUCCGUGCUGCUCUUCACUGUGAACGGUCUCGGAUCAUCUCCCCGGGUCUGGGUCUGUUCAGGGACCCGAAGCAGCUGCCGAUCGACGGGACUUUUCUCCACCAGACUACGAGGAUCUAAGUUUGUGUUUACGCGCGAAACCAAGACCAUGACUCAUUUUAAUAAAGGACCCGCGUACGGAUUAUCAGCUGAAGUCCGCAGCAAAAUUGCGCAGAAGUACGACCCUCAAAAGGAGGAGGAGCUUCGCUUCUGGAUCGAGGAGGUCACAGGCAUGUCGAUAGGAGAGAACUUCCAGAAAGGUCUGAAGGACGGAGUCAUCCUUUGCGAACUGAUCAAUAAGCUUCAGCCUGGUUCAGUGAAGAAAAUCAACCUGUCACAGUUGAACUGGCACAAGUUAGAAAACCUGGGGAACUUCAUCAAAGCGAUCCUAACCUAUGGCCUGAAGCCCAACGACAUCUUCGAGGCCAACGACCUGUUUGAGAACGGGAACAUGACCCAGGUCCAGACCACGCUGCUCGCUCUGGCCAGCAUGGCCAAGACCAAAGGGAUGGACACCAAGAUCGACAUCGGGGUGAAGUACGCAGACAAACAGGCGCGACACUUUGACGACGAGAAGAUCAAGGCUGGGCAGUGUGUCAUUGGACUGCAGAUGGGGACCAACAAGUGUGCGAGUCAGGCUGGGAUGACAGCAUAUGGAACCAGGAGACAUCUGUAUGAUCCAAAGACCCAGACGGACAAACCGUAUGACCAGACCACCAUCAGCUUGCAGAUGGGAACCAACAAAGGAGCCAGUCAGGCCGGCAUGUCAGCUCCUGGUACCCGCAGAGACAUCUUUGACCAGAAGGUGGCGCUGCAGCCGCUGGACAACUCCACCAUCUCCCUGCAGAUGGGCACCAACAAGGUGGCGUCCCAGAGGGGCAUGAGUGUGUACGGUCUGGGCCGACAGGUGUACGACCCCAAGUACUGCGCCCCCCCGACGGAGCCGGUCAUCCACACCAACGGCAGCCAGGGCACUGGCACCAACGGGUCCGAGAUCAGCGACAGUGACUAUCAGGCCGAGUUCCAGGAGGACGAGUACCACGGCGGUUACCAUGACAACUACAGCUCCCACUACACCGAGCAGGGCAUUGACUAUUAGCGGCGAGGUCCGCCUCCAGAGAAGUAUUAACGUGUAUUCUACACAACAGAGCAAGUCUUUUGCCUCCCUCACUAGUCUUUACUCUCCUGAAGCAUAAAUAAAGCGUCUCCUUCUUUGACCCAAGCGGCGGCGGGUGGGAGGAGUUACAGUAGUGUAGUUCUUACAGCUGUCUCACUGAUGGAGCACUGACGUAGUGAUUACUGUGUUCAGGUGAAGCUGUUGCCUUCCUCUGUUUUUAUUCAUGGACUGAGACGUCACUGAUCAUGUGAUGUCCUCAUCAAUAGGCUGCCCCCCCCCGUUUGUAUUCACACACCAGCCACUGACUCCUCAUGUUUCACCACAUUUACUCUGUAGAGUUUAUAAUGAUGAAUCCUGAAGCUCCGUCUGUCCCCCUCCACCUGUCAUCACAUGACCUGUCCCCCUCCACCUGUCAUCACAUGACCUGUCUUCAUAUCAUUCCCAAACUGUAUUUAUUGGGAUGACUCUUGUUACAAACUGUUAUAUGGUUCAUAAAGAAAAUGGUAUGUUAUAAAUAAAACAUUAAAUCCUUCA